UAACAAUAGUAAAACGGAAGGGCUGAGUUGUCACAUAAACAGUAGCUGGAGAGGUUUAUAAAAGGGUGAUUGUCUGAGUUCAGUCAAAUUUGAAAAUUUUCAUUUUGCAAAUAAACCAGAAACAGAUACACUAAAAUCAUGUCCUGCUGCAACUCCUGCUCAACCAGCUUCUGUGGUUUCCCCAGCUGCUCUACUGGAGGGAACUGUGGAUCUAACUGCUGCCAGGAGAGCUGUGGAACCGGCUGCUGCCAACAGGGAGGCUGUGGGACUGGCUGCUGCCAACAGGGAGGCUGUGGAACCUGCUGUGGACCCAACUGUGAGACCACCUGCACGACCAGAUGUUACCAACCUGAGUGCUGUGGAGGUGAGAGCUGUCGUACCAGGUGGUGCCGCCCAGACUGCAGGGUUGAGGGCACUUGUCUGCCACCUUGCUGCGUGGUCAGCUGCACUCCCCCAUCUUGCUGCCAGCUCCACCAUGCCCAAGCCUCUUGCUGCCGCCCAUCCUACUGUGGCCAGUCUUGUUGCCGUCCAGCCUGCUGUUGCCACUGUUGUGAGCCCACCUGUUAA